CACAGAUCACAGCCGUCCGAUGAAGCGCUAGGGUUUCACCUCUGGUAUAUAGUCGUAACCGUAACCAUGCUUCCAAAAUCUUAGUCGCGCGAACGCCCACCUCCUCCUUGUGCCCCCGCGAGCCCCAGCCGCCGCCGCAGCCGCCGCCGACGCCGACUGCCGCCAUGUCGCUGAUCGCGGGUGAGGAGUUCCAGCACAUUCUGCGUCUGCUGAACACCAACGUCGAUGGUAAGCAGAAGAUCAUGUUCGCGCUGACCUCCAUCAAGGGUGUUGGGCGCCGCUUCUCCAACAUCAUCUGCAAGAAGGCCGACAUCGACAUGGACAAGAGGGCAGGAGAGCUCACAACCGACGAAAUGGACCGGGUGAUGACGGUGUUGCAGAACCCGCGGCAGUUCAAGGUGCCGGACUGGUUCCUUAACAGAAAGAAGGACUACAAGGACGGCAAGUUCUCCCAGGUCGUCUCUAACCAGCUUGACAUGAAGCUCAGGGAUGACCUCGAGAGGCUCAAGAAGAUCCGUAACCAUCGUGGUCUUCGUCACUACUGGGGUGUCCGUGUCCGUGGUCAGCACACCAAGACUACCGGCAGGAGAGGAAAGACUGUUGGUGUCUCCAAGAAGCGAUAAGCUUUAACUGACACACAUAGAUUGCCACUACUUCUGGCUUGGUCCAUUUUGGGAGUCUUAAUGAGGUGUUCCCUGUUUAGACAAUUACCUUGGAUGAUGUGUCCAUUUCGGGAGUCUUAAUGAGGUGCUCCCUGUUUAGACAAUUACCUUGGAUGAUAUUUUGCACUAGAUCAUAUUUUGCAGUUCUGGAACUUUAAUAUAUUGUAUCUUGAAUUUCCUUUUGAACACCUAAGAGUAAUUUUAUUCCGAUGCCA